UGAUCGACUUUGACAGCCGGUGUUUUUGUAAACAAUGUCUGAGGAUAUUUGUCCUCCUAGUGUCAACGAUACCGAUACACAGUUUAAAGUGUUGUUGUGUUUAACUGGGAGUGUAGCUUGCAUAAAGGCUUCAGAACUUGUUUCCAAGCUUCUAACAAAUAAGAUCAGUGUUAAAACCAUUGCAACUGAACAUGCAAAGCACUUCCUUGAUUUGACAACUUUUCCUGUACCAGUCAUUGAAGAUGCUGAUGAAUGGAAGAGCUGGUCCAAGAGAGGCGACCCAGUGCUGCAUAUUGAUUUGCGGAGAUGGGCAGAUCUGCUACUGAUUGCUCCCCUUGGUGCUAACACAAUGGCAAAGAUAUGCACUGGAAUCUGUGAUAAUCUAGUGACCUGUGUUGCUCGAGCCUGGGACUUGAGCAAGCCCCUCCUGUUUGCUCCUGCAAUGAACACCCACAUGUGGGAUCACCCCAUUACAAGGGAGCAGGUGGGGCGUCUGACAGGGUGGGGCUACAUCUACAUCCCCGUAGUGGAGAAGACACUGAUGUGUGGAGACAAAGGAAGUGGUGCCAUGGCUGAGGUGGAUGAUAUUGUUCAAGCAGUUAUUGAUCAGCGCGAUUCUUUAGAACACAGUCGCCAAGCAGUUAUUGAUCAGCGCGAUUCUUCAGGACAAAGUUUCCAAGAGAAAAAGAGGAAGCUGGAUAAUGAAGAAUGCUAAAAUAGAGUGUGACAUGACUCAAUUACUACUUGCGAAUUCACACUGUUGUGACGGAAAGCCUUGUAUUGAGGGUGUUUUGCAGACCAGUGGUUGUCGGCCUGGGGAUUUUCAAGAGAAACUGUAGACUGCCCCCUUAAAUCUAAUAAAACACUGAUGAAUGUUCUUUCCUUUAAUAGUCAACCAACAUGUGCUCUUUUACACAACAACAAUUGUCUCCCUUGCAUUCUCAACAAGUCUUGAAGAGUAUUUCCCCUUGCAUUGUAAAUAAUAAAUCGAACUGUAAAAAGUUAACACGCACUGUUAGUACUGCCGUGUGCACACUGUUACUACUGCCGAAUGCACACUGUUACUACUGCCAAGUGCACACUGUUAGUACUGCCGAGUGCAUGCUGUUAGUACUGCUGAUUGCAUGCUGUACGUACUGCCGAGUGCAUACUGUUUUUCGGCGGAUUAUCAUUCCUGUUUACCAGAGGAUGCGUUGCGUGCUUUUGUAACAUGUGCUUUAGUUUCAAGUAUACAACCUUUUUUGUUUAUAGGUGAAGGUUACAACUGGAGGUAGGAAAGGCAUGCCUAAUGCUCUGAAAUCUGGCAUAUAACGCAUAAACUAGUAAUUGAUUUUCGCAUGUUCCCAUAUUAGAAUAUUGUAGAUUUUAAAUGUAUAGGUUAAGCAUGUACUGAAGGUCCAGACGUCUGUUUAUUCAGCUCUGUAACUGGUUAUUUUCUACAAUAAAAGGUUGAAAACAGACACGAAUAAAGUAUGUCCUUAAAACGUUAUCAUGUUUCAAGUGGGUUGGAAAAUAUUUGAUCUUUUUUGCUUUUAAUUGUUGAUAAAAUACCUUGAUGUCUAUACUGUGGUUGGCGGAGUUGAUAUUGAGUAUUUCUUGAUUAUGUCAAUGCUCUCGAAUGAUAAAUUGCAGGGAACAAUGACACCAUUGCUAGUGUUUCACAGUGUACUUUUUAUCCCCCGCCAUUGGUUGAGGGAUAUUGUUUUGGCGUUGUCCGUUCGUCUUUCCGUCCGUCCGGCACUUUUGUGUCCGGAGCUAUAUCUUGGAAGUGCUUUGGUGGAUUUCAUUGAAACUUGGUUUGAGUAUAUAUAUAGAUAAGAGGAUGAUGCAUGCCAAAUGGCAUUGUACACCAUCUGUAAAUAAUGGAGUUAUGGCCCUUUGUAUCUUAAACAAAUGAUUUUUUAGCUCAGUGUCAAAUAUAACACUUUUGUGUCCAGAAGCAUAUUGGCGGGGGAUAUCAAUUCAACGAAUUUGCUUGUUUGGACUAGUCCCCAGCGAAUAACGGUGCCACUUUAUCUCUUUAAUGCAGAUACAGAUCUGGUUUAACAAUAAUAAUGCUUGGGUGACAUAAUGGGUUAUAUCAACUUGUAAUCCGUAAUGAGUUAAAUAAAACAAGUAUUUAGUGAGAACAUUAAAUAUAUGUAUUUCGUUGUGAAUUUCACAUGUGAAGUAAAAUUAUUUUAAAGCAUCCAAAGCAUUACAACCGCUAAAUGAGUAUACUAU